AUGAUGGACCUGCGGAAGUAUUUGGAUCAAUUGCCAGAGGAUCAGUAUCUACCAAAGAAAACUGUGCUACUGAAGGCUCAUAUUAGUACUCUUCUAUACAGUCGGCCUGUUUUCCGUGAAUGUCCCCCUCUGCGAUUGAAUCGCUCUACUCGUGAAGUAUCAACGUACUUCGUCACGUUCAUAAUCACGAGUCGAGCGAUUCGAGCGAAAUUCGGAUUUGAGAUUUGUCAAGCGUUGUGCUUCAUGCACCAACGUCGAGUGCUCCACCGCGAUUUGAAACCUCAAAACCUGCUCGUGGACGAAAAAGGCGUCAUAAAAGUGGCGACAGACUUCGGCCUGUCACGUAUUGCGAAUAAACUAUUCCAUAUAACGGAUCUAUACUGCAGUGAGCACCAGAGAUCCUGCUCGGAGCUCAUCGUUAUGCCGCCGCCUAUUGAUGUUUGGGCAAUCGGAUGCAUUCUAGCGGAGAUCGUGACCAAGACAUCGCUUUUCAAAAGUGAUUCAGAAAUCGAUCAACUAUUCCAAACAUUCAGGUUGCUUGGUACCCCGACUGAGAAACAAUGGCAUGGUGUGAUGAAAAUGCCUGAAUUCAAGGCUCGGUUUCCCAAAUGGAAAAAGAAUCUGUUGGACGAGAAACUACGACCCUAUUGCGACAGUCGUAUGAUUAACCUGAUCCAGGCAGUUCAACAGUUCCGUCGAUCUUCUCCAGCGUCGGGAAUUGGUGGUCCUGCGGGAGGUCUUGUGGACACACAAACAAUUUCAAAUAUAUAA